AUGUCCUCGGCAAAGGUCAUCCACUGGGGCAUACUAGCCACCGGUGGCAUAGCACGAACCUUUACCAAAGACCUCCUCAUUGAUCCCACUACUCGCAAAGUCACGGACAUCAAACAUGUUGUGGUGGCUACCGCAUCCUCGUCCUCUCUCUCCUCCGCCGAGAGAUUCAUCUCCGACGUCGUCGCGCCCUCCCAAUCUGCCAAAUGCACACCCUACGGUUCAUACGAAGACCUUGUCAAGGAUUCCAACGUGGACAUUGUUUAUAUCGCCACCCCUCAUUCCCACCACUACCAAAACGCAAUGCUAUGCCUCAGCAAUAAUAAACCGGUGCUUUGCGAAAAAGCCCUGACGGUGAAUGCGGCACAAGCUAAAAUAAUAUAUGAGAAAGCGAAAGAGAAGAAUCUGUUCUUCAUGGAGGCGGUCUGGACAAGAUACUUCCCUCUGAGUAGUGUUGUCAGGAAACACAUUAUGGAUAAUGAUAUUGGCGAGGUCACAAGGGUAUUCUCGGACUUGAGCAUUGGUGUGACGCCAGAGACAGCCUUUGACCUGGGAAACCGCAUGGUGAAUCUAGAUCUUGCCGGUGGAUGUCUUCUUGACCUGGGCAUCUACAGUCUCACGUGGAUUUUUCAAAGUCUUUACCAUACUCUCCCUGCGGCAUUGAGAGAAGAAGGACGGCCCAAGGUGCUCGGCACCGGCAUGACGCCCGAACCACGAACUGGCGCAGAUGAAUCCACAUUGAUACUCCUGGAGUUCCCCAAGUCGACCCCUGGUGGAAAGACCAAAGCCCACGCCAUCGCCACCACCGCCAUGCGCGUGAGUGACGACCCGGGAAGGGGCCAAGGUGACGUGGAAGUGCCAGCGGUGAGGAUUCAGGGCGACCAAGGGGAGAUCCAGGUAUACGGACCGAUCUAUAGGCCGAUGAGGUACCGGCUCGUUCCAAAGGAUAGGAACCGAGAAGUUAUUGACCGAAGAUUUGAGUUUGAAGGCGGUGCGCAUGGGAUGAUGUAUGAAGCCGACGCCGCAGCUCGUGCAUUACUCUCAAACGCAUUAGAGUCCGAAAACAUGCCAUGGGCUGAAAGUACGCUUAUUAUGGAGAUUAUGGAUGAGGUGCGACGGCAAGGUGGUUUGGUAUAUCCUGAAGCAAUUGAAAGUACAGAGUAUCCCGUGAAACUGGGUGCCAGGACAUGA